CACUUAAUACAACUCUCUCAGAACAUGACUCAGUCUGUAGAUCAGAGGAAGUGAACAAACACAGGAAGAGCUGAUAGUGUUUAAAGAAAGAGUUGAGAUCAUAUACUGAAGAGAAAGACUGAGAGAAAGAGAACAUGUCUGAUGAGUGUCGUGUGUGUGUCUGCUGGGACUGAUCUUUCUCUCUUCACUUCUCACAGCUUCCAAUGGAAUGAAUGAUACUCAUGUUGUUCAUCAGUUCUGGUGAAAAUGUCCGUCUGCCCUGUAAUAAUGCUCUUCCUGACUGUGACUCAACUCUAUGGAACUAUAACAGAUUCAGAGAUUCAACAACAGAUGAACUGAUUUUUUUAGGGAUAAAGAAGAAAGACACAGAGAGACAUGAGAGACUGAGUCUGGGGUCUGACUGCUCUCUGAACAUCAGGAACAUCUCAACAGAAGAUUAUGGAUUGUACAUCUGCAGACAGUGGAUUGGUGUGAAUAGAGACCAACAAGAAGAACCUGAUGCUCGUGUUUUUCUGCAUGUUCUUCAUGUCUCAUCCUCACAGACUGAGAUCAGUGCAGGUCUCUCUGUGACUCUCUUCUGUCAGUUGUAUUCACAUCCUCAAGGCUCUUGUGAUGAUUGGAUCCGUUCUGAGAGAAUUCAGCUGUUCUGGGUGAAUCAGACUGGUGUUAAACUGACGAGAUCAGACUCCAGAUAUCAGAUAUCAUCCUCAUCAGGACACUGUACCAUCACUCUGAAUACAACACUCCUGAAUGAAGAUCCCAACAGAGAGUGGAGAUGUGAAGUUACUCAGAGAGAUCAAGUCAAGACCUCAGUCACAUACACUGUCAAGAGUUCAGCUCAAUCUGAUUCAACAACAUCAGUGAACACACACGUGACUAAAGAGAUUUUGAUCAUUCUUAAGACUGCAGUGUUUACUGCUCCUACUGUGAUUCUUCUUCAGAUCAUCUGUGCAAGAAGAGCUGAGAGGAAGGACUCCUUGGCAGCCAGAGGAAAUAGAGAUUAAUACAAUAAUAGAAUAAAAUACUCUACAAAUAACAGGCCAGAUUACAGCAAGAUUUAUCUUCAUCUCUAUGAAUUUAUGGAUAUUUGCAUACAGUUUUGAAGGAUAUUUUCCAGUGCACCAUACUGUACUGAAUACAUAAAAUAUAAUAUUAAAUCCUUACUUAU